AUGGUUGCCGGCCCCUCGCCCGUAUCUUCGACGUACGCCGAGAGCGCGCGGAAGCGCUCCCCCGCCUCGGGCAAGAAUGAUGGCGGGAAUGGGGAGGAGGACAUGGCCGCGGAUGGGCGCGGCGUGGUGUCGUUGACUGACCCGCGCGUCAUGCCGGUGCGAGUGCCUGCACAGGGACUGCGCCAAAGCGGCGUGCCCCGCCGGUGGCAGCGGUCCGGCCUGCCCGGCCUGCUGGCCAUCGUCAAGGCCCUGGAGAGCAACGCGACGUACUGGGACUGGGUGGGCGCCCAGCGGCCAGCCGUCGACGCCCUCUACGCCGCCCUCUUCCUGAUCGGAUACUAUGUCAUCUUCGUCCACCGCACCCCGGACGCGUCCCUGUUCUCUUGCUCGCCCUUGGCGGGCGGGGGGGGUCUGCAUUGGGGUUUUCCAGGCGGCGCCUGGGCGCUGUGCGCGAUCCGAAGGACGCUGGUGUGCCUGCACGCCGUGCCUCUGGCGACCUACUUGUACAAGGGUGGCCAGGACCGAGAUUCCAGCGGGUUCAAGUUCUAUAUCCGCAAUGUGCGGGAGGCCGCGUUCGUUUCGAUCCGGCUGCUGGCGGCCGCGACUGCCCUGCUGGGCGGGGGCGUUGGGAGCUGCGCGGGGCUUGAAGCGGGCGAGUGCCCGGCCUUCGCCCGCCCGCCGCACGUGUCGUGGCUGUUCACCUUCCUGCUCUACACGGGCUCCUAUCAGGUCUCGAGGCAGUGGCAGUUCGGACUGCAGCUGUUUUCCACGGCGUGCCUGUGGUUGAUCCCGAUAUACGACUGGAGCUGGGGGGACAGGGUGCUGGUGGUCUUCUGCGCUCUGCUGGCGCCCUGCCUGUGCGCCGUGGGCCUGGAGGCGUGGGUGGUGAUGGAGCACAGCGAUCGGGUGGGGCCCGUCAAGAGUCCGCCCCUCAGUGUCGAUCCGCAGGGCGAGGGCACGUCCAGUGACACGACGCCGGUGGCGCCGGUGCCGUCCGGCGUCGACGAGGACGGGGGCAGGAUGUGGGAGGAGAAACAGGCACGGGAGAAACAGGGACAGGCCAUCGUGAGGAAGCGGCAAGUUGUCGCGCAGGAGAAGAAGGCCGCCGUGAGGGACAAGAUCACGUUUAAUGUUCAGCCACUGCUGGCGGAACGGCAGCAGUCUUCCCCCGGGGAGCCUUCUGAUUUUAUCCACUACAGGCCGUUGGUGCAUUCCCAGACGAAGGUCAUCAAGUUGAAGAACGAGGGGGACGUGUCUGACGAGAAACUGCAGGAAUUGGCCCGCAAGUUCUCAGAGAGACUGGCGGCCACCUACCGUAGCGGGCGGUGCGUCGCCGCAAAGGCGGUUGUCGCGCGCGGCUGCCUGCUCUUCAUCGCAGAGGUGAUGGAGCCGCAGGAGGGCUGCAGCGACGGCAAAGCGGACAGCAACGACUCAAAGCGCCUGCUCGAGUGCUUGCCUGAGGAGCUUCAAAAGAACCCGAUGGAGGUGAUCAUGGGCGAUUUUAAGGCCACCUACGAGAAUGCGGCACUGAAAAACUUUGACUACCACAACCGCAGUGGUGUCACCCUGGAAGUCCCCGAGGUGAUGCUGUUGAGGCCAGCCUGCAUGUGGGAAGCUGAGGGGUCCGUUGGGGAGCUGACUGUGUUCUUGUCUGAGGCCAAGGGCGUCUGGGAGUCGCUGAAACUUGUGAUGGUGUACAAUAACUGCAUUAGGGAGGAGUUGGAUUGCAGAGUGGGCAGCAUUCAGGACAACCUGAGGCUGCGGUUCACAAAGGAGGAAGGGGCAGAUGUGGGCUAUCUGCACACCAUUGGGGUUGAGCCUAAACAUGGCACUUUUGUCGGAGGGUUGGCACCAUUCCUGAGUCUUCCAGACCCAGCUGCAACUGAGCUGAAUGAAGCUUUCCAGAGGACAAUACAGGCCCUCUGGUGCAGCCACAACUCCAAGUCGAUGGGCAGCAAGUCGAUGGGCAGCUCUGACGGCUUGCCACAGGAUCCCAGCGCUCUGUCUGUCGAAAGUGAGGCCUGGGCAAAUCACUUCAAGCCCUUUGCGCUGGACAUGCACUUUUUGCUCGAACCUGAUGCUGACGAGCUGUGGGAGCUCAUGCAGUACGAAGGACCUCAGCGGACUGACUAUAUGAGGGUGUUCCUGCAUGUCGCACAUUUUCUUGAGCAGUGCAAUGCCAGAGAGACAGAAGAAUACUUGCUGGCAAAGUUUGAACAGGCGAACAUUGUCCUCACAAAUCAGCACACUGAGGUGUCACCAGGCAGCUUGUUCCCAGACAAGCCACAUUACCCUUUGCAGCCCGGGCUGUGGUUUACGGACCCCAACAUAGAGUCCCAAUACCGCUACCACUUCAGCCAGCGGGCAGUGCUCAUGGACCUUGCAGGCAUGGUGAUGGGCCUGUGCCUCCUGCCCAUGGUCUCCCUCCUGGGAGAGACUGGGAGGUGCCUGUACAUGUGCCCCCUGGUCAUGCACCUCCGUCUGUCCCUUGUGUGCUGGGUUGCCUCUCAGAGCACCUAUAUCAGCAACAGGGAGCCGAUCAUCAUCAUGAGCUGGGCAGUGAGGACAGUAGCUUGGCUGGGAUGGGCAACAAGGAGGAAGGAGAUGGCUGAGGCUGCUAUGCACCCAUGGACAACGUUAUUCUUCCUCUUGUGGACUGUGCUUGUCAAAACUAUUGUGUUGAAGGUGGGUGUCAUUUACCCGGUGCUGUGA